AUGUCUCCGUCCCGUCAUUCUUGCCAUGGUGUUCUACACAUUCCUCUGUAUAUCCCUCAGUCACCUCUUCUCUCUGGCGUCUCGGCCGACACAUUCGCUUCUGGCACAUUCCUUGGCGGGUCUUCAACGCUACGCAGUCCCUCAUACCCCCCGCUGUCCAGACGGCCAAAGUACGCGUGUGCAUACGGAUACCGUUACGGCUACGACAAGCCCCUGCCGUCCACGCCAUCGCCCACGAUACCACCCAAGGACAUCAUCCGCCUGCUCGACGUGUUGGAACAGAUGGACAACGACAUCGCCGGGGAAGUUCAACGCGUCAAGGACCACAUCCGCGAAGCACGUGCCCUCGUCGGGGAGUUCAAGGCUGAGCGGCGCGCACGGAGCGAGCGGGUCCAGGAGAGGCGCGACAAGCAGAGGCAGGAGACCAAGGGUGUCGACGACGACUUCUGGCUGGGUGUCUGA